AUGGCAGGACAAUUGCCACAUGUGCUGGUGAUCUCAGGCGUGUCCAGCGGCGUGGGCAAGACGUCCAUUGCCAUUGGCAUCAUGGCGUCCUUGACCCAUCGUGGAAUGCGCGUGCAACCCUUCAAAGUUGGUCCAGACUUCCUCGACCCCAUGCACCACACUCUCGCGUGCGGUGGCAUUCCUAGCGUCAAUCUGGACGGAGCCAUGAUGGGUCGCGAUGGUGUGCUGGAGUCCUUUUCACGCAACUGUCGUGCGUCCGAAGCCGACAUUGCCAUCGUCGAAGGGUGUAUGGGACUGUUCGACGGUCGAGAUGGCCAUUCCGACUGCGGCAGCACCGCUGAAAUCGCCAAGUGGCUGCAUGCGCCGGUGGUUUUGGUCGUAGAUGCAUGGUGCCUCGGACGAACGGCCGCAGCUAUCGUCCAUGGAUAUGCUUCGUUUGACCCAGACAUUCGGCUCGCCGGCGUCAUCUUGAACAAAAUCGGCGGCGAAUCACAUGCCCAAUGGCUGCGCGACGCAAUAUCUUCGUCUGUUCUCUUGAAAGGUGUGCUUGUCCUCGGCUGCCUCCCCAAAUCGGUCGCCGUGGUCAUGCCAGAAAGGCACUUGGGGCUGCAUUUGCCAUCAAGUGAAACCCACACAACCAUCCAGCACCACAUUCGAUUGCUCAUUGAUGCGCACGUUGACUUGGACACUCUCGUGUCUCGCAUGGAGGACGCCGACUCGGCAGUGCGUGCGCCAACAUCUGCACUAUCGCUGCCGGUCCUUCCCGACACAUUGAACCGUGAUCUGAGCCGACUUCCCCCUGUCCGAUUUGGCGUCGCGAAAGACGAUGCGUUCUGCUUUUAUUACCACGACAACCUUCGCCAUUUGGAAGCAGCCGGCGCGACGAUCAUCUUCUUUUCACCGCUCCACGACACGACCUUGCCAUCUGGCUUGCAUGGCAUCUACCUCGGUGGCGGGUAUCCCGAGCUCCAUGGGACUAUUCUCGAGGCGAACAAGAGCAUGCGAGCGUCAGUGCACGCCUUUGCCAGUGACGGGGGGUUGGUGUACGCAGAAUGCGGGGGGCUUAUGUACCUCGCCAACACAUUGCACGAUGGACACGGAGGUUCGUUUGCCAUGGCGGGACUGCUUCCCUUCGACGUCACUAUGACGCCCCGAAUGGUCAUGGGCUACAUCAAUGCAAGUCCGUCUCCAGCGUUGGCGUCGCUCCUUCGUCUACCGAUCAAUCUUGUCCUCAAGUGCCAGCAGUUUCACUUUUCUGAAGCGACCAACGACGUUGGCAAACCCGUGGAGCAGCUAGGGCCUACUGGGGUCGGCAUUGGGUGGACGGGGGUCGCUCAUCCUGCGUUCCACACCACCAUAGUGCGCUCUUCAUCACACACACCCCAGUCGUCCCCUGAAGGCAUUGUGCAAGCCAGCACCAUUGCAACGUACUGUCAUGUCCAUUUUGGGGCAACCCCGGAGAUGGCGCCGGCGCUAGUCGCUGCGGCCCGUCGACACAUGCGCUAUGUGUCCUUGGAAGCCACCGCCACGGAAACCCUCGGCGCUAUUUGGACCACCAAAGACGACGAGGACGGUUAUACGACCAAUCCUUCGGUACUUCGCGGAAUCAGCGAAUUCUGCACGUCCCCUGCAUGGCUGGUUCGGUCGUUGCCCAAGCUCACGUUGAGUUUGAUUACCGCCACGACAAGCCAAGAGAUCGAGCGCCAAGUUCAAGAGCUCCAUGCGACGGGGUUGCGAGACUUGCAUUCGAUUGACACAGUGUCGUUGCAAAUGUCCAAGCCGGACGUGGUGUUCACCCAAGAAGCGUGCGAUCGGUGCGCAGUGACAGAUUCGGCACUGCUGCGAGCCCUCGAUGCCGUCGGGUUGGCCGACGUCACAUCCACCGUGCUGUGUCGGCCCCUCACCGUCAACGACAUGCUCAGUCAAGUGCUUCGAUUGGCGGCAGUCGUGGGCGAGUCCAGAAGGGGAUGCAUCCUCCACGCAGCCCUCACGCGGCGAUUGCAAGUGAUUCGCGACCUUAUUGAUGCAGAAAACCCGACAAAGCCGCGAGUGCUGGGUCUAGAGAGCGCGUUUCCACUGGUGGUGUCCGGCCAAUGGCUGCCGGACAUGCGCCUUCGAGCUGGGGGUGUCGAAGCCCUAAACGAGUCGUAUCCAGGGUGUCCGCCUCGGCGAUUGCAAUGGGACGAAAUUGUCGCUGCGUCCCCCGAGGUUCUCGUGGUGGCGUGCUGCGGCAAGUCGGCCACUGGUAGCGCUAAGGAAGUGGAGGAGCAUUUGGCUAUUCUCCCUGGGUUUUGGGACCUUCCUGCCAUGCAAACAUCGCCCCCGAGGCUGUACGUGGUGGACCACGACCUCUCAUCCCGUCCGGGCCCUCAACUCGUCGAAGGCAUCGAAAUUCUAGCAGCGCUGCUUCAUCCCACCAUUGAAUUUCCCCGCCAGAGUCUACACAAAGCGGUGCUCCAAUUCGUCGGACCACAGCGUUGCUUGAACUUGGCAGAGUACUUUGUCCCCGUGAAUAUCAAGGUGGGUACGAAAAUUGAUGCAACUCAAUUGGAAACCUUGGAGCCCUCUCCCAUUGCCACGUCACCUCGCACGUUGUCUCCAAUUCAGUCGCUUCCUGCACCCACAAUCGCCACCUCGCAAGCCCCCCCCUCUGGUGCCUUUCCUCUGGCAGUGUCGGCCCAUGUGUUGCUGUCGUGGAACCACAAGCUGCUACUUUUAUCCGGCGACACUUCCCCCCUGGAUGACGCGACCAAUCUAUGGGAGGCCGAUGUAUCGUUGGCCAAUGACGGCGCGCCUUCCAGCCUUCUCGUCUGGCGUCCGGUGCCGUGCACCGCCGUGUACGGCGAAGCGGUGCCGACUCGUCGCUCCAACCACGCUGCGGUCGUGUGGGGGGACAUCUUAGUCGCGUUUGGGGGGUGGGAUGCGUGUGGACUGCACCCCCUAGCGGACAUGGAGCUAUUGGACUUGACCACCCGGUGCUGGACUCACGGCAGCACCGUGGGGCGUCCUCCGUCCCCGCGAGGAAAUCCGUCAAUGGUUCUCGCAUCCAACCGGGUGUUAUUGGUGUUUGGCGGGUGGAAUGGCCGGGACCGAUUCAAUGACGUGGUUCAGUUGGACUUGACGUCGUGGUCGUGGUCAACGCUGUCUGCGCACGACGAAUUGCAUCCCGCUAGUCCGUCCCCACGCACAGAUCACACAGCCAUAUGGUGGCCAUCGCAUUCAAAGAAUGAACACGACCGAAGUGGUGAUGAUAUCAUGGUGGUGUUUGGCGGGUCCGACAAGCAUCAAGGACCGUUGAACGAUGUGUGGGCAUAUGAUCCGAGUCGGGCGGGUACGGUGGACGCGUGGGAGCAAUGGAUAUGCACGGGGGAGGUGCCGCCCCCGCGGACGUCGCACGCAGCCAUCCUUGCCGACAGCCACGUCAUGCUUGUGACUGGUGGCCAAUCCCAUUUGGCUCGGAGCGAAGCAUGCCCUUCUGUUAUGGACUCGGUGUACGCGUUGGACUUGACCACCAGAGUAUGGCAUCGAGUGUCGCAUGUGCUUCCGCAUCCUGUCUGCAGGCAUUCCAUGGCGAUGGUUCGGCCGACUUCCAACACAUUGCCGAGUCGGGUGCUGUCGACCAGUGGGGUGGUGGUGGCUGUCGUCGGUGGCUACGAUGGCGAGACCUCCACGCCGCUUGUGCACUUCAUUCCACAACCAUCGCUUGAUAUGCUAGAUACACUCAUCGUGCCAGCUGACGAAGUUAACGAAGUUGGCGCUGAGAAACCAACAUCCAGCAGCACCCCACGACCACCAUCUAGCCAACCACCAUCUAGCCAACCACCAUCUAGCCAACCACCAUCUAGCCAACCACCAUCUAGCCAACCACCAUCUAGCCAGUCAACUCCUCCAAGUAGCAACGUGGUUCAGCACACUUGGGCCCCCACUACCCCUUUGACGUGGUCGGAUAUCGUAGCCGACGUGACCUUGGCGGAAGACGUGCAGGAGAUUGAAGACAUGGACGACGAAGACGGUACCGAUGAUUUGGCCAGCGAACGCUACCGACUACUUCACCGAGUGGCGUGCGCGCGGGGGUAUCGGCAGUACGUCGACCCUGGGUCUGGGUACACUGUGUUUACGGCGUUGUACUUGAAAGAUCGCGCGUGCUGUGGGUACAAAUGCCGGCAUUGUCCGUGGGGUCACAAGAACGUCAAGAAGGGAGUUAAGAAUCCCAAUCCAAACUUGGAAUGGUAAGUCGUCGUCACAUUGUAACUCUACGUGUAAUACCGCUCGAGAGAGCCAAACUUUGGCUUUCGCUUGGACGCGAUCGCGUCGACGCCUUCGCGGUAGUCGGCUGUGGCAUAACACACGGCCUGACUGGUCGCUUCGCGGUGCAGCGCCAUGUCCAAGUCCUUGUCUUGCUUUAGCCGAAGGGUUUGGAGGAGGCUGCGGGUGGCUAUCGACGACCCAGACGUCAACUCUUCGGCCAACUUGAUGGCCUCCGCCACCACAUCGUGCUACCGAUUCCAUGCAUUGAUAUCUUCGAAUGCUCGAGCGAACGAAAUACAAAGCAGGGGCUGGCAUAACUACCUUGUCAACGACUUUGGUGGCGAGUCCAAGCUUGAACGCUUCGUCGCCGGUAAUC